AUCAGUGUUUUUGAAGGAACUGAGAAAUCCCUAUCACUAUUAGUCGUUUAGUCAAUACGUAUAACUUAUUGCAUAUUGCUAUGCGUAAAGGACACAUAGGAGAGGUGUAAGUGGUUGAAAACGGUAUAAUUUGUAAAAAGCAUAAUCCGCUAAAUACGCAACUGAUAUUGAGGCAGUCGGUGUUACGUUUGUUAAUUGUGCGUAUAUAAACGACAGCGGACAGUUGAAGUUAACGUCAGUUUCUUUUUUUUUUCGUUGUGGUAAUUGUAAGUCAAUUGCUGAUUUUAGCGACCUUUCUAGAAAUUGAACGUCGAAAUAGUUACGUUUUGAAAUAACGCUGCGUGCAAGAAGCUUCAAAGCAAACCAAAGAUGACAACUUGGCAGAACAAUCCAGGUGGUGGAUAUCCAAGACAAGAAGGUCCAUUUCCAAAUCCAGGUUAUCCGCCGAACCCGGGGUAUCCGCCGAAUCCGGGUUAUCAACCAAAUCCCGGUUAUCCACCAAAUCCCGGUUAUCCGCCGAAUCCAGCAUACCCACCUCCGUAUCCAGGAGCAGCUCCUCCAGAUCCAGGAUUCAUUCCACCAGGUGCUCCUCCAUACGGACAAGUGCCACCCAGCGGACCAGGAAUGUACGGCUCAAAUUAUGCAGAAGACCCGUUGCAAGAUGAAAUCAAAGGUUUUGACUUCACUGAUCUAUCCAUUCGGAGAGCUUUCAUCCGAAAAGUCUACUCGAUAUUGAUGCUUCAGCUCCUCGUCUCAGUGGCAGUAAUCGCAUUAUUCUUAUUUCAUGAGGGAACGCAAAAAUGGGUCGCGAGAAAUCCAGCAAUGGUUUGGGUAGCACUCGGAGUCACAUUUGUCUUGCUAAUAUGCAUGGCGUGCUGCGGCAGUGUAAGACGCAAGGCACCAAUGAAUAUGAUUUUCUUGGGUAUCUUCACAUGUGCAGAAGCAUUUUUGCUCGGCGCUAUUUCAUCUAGAUACAAGUCUGAAGAGGUUUUGUUUGCUGUUGGCUUAACAGCGGCAGUAUGCUUCGGGCUAACAAUUUUCGCGUUCCAAACCAAGUGGGACUUUACAGCAUUGAACGGAAUUCUUUUCGUUGCCCUGAUUCUUUUCAUGCUCUUUGGAAUUAUAGCCAUGUUUUUCCCUGGCAAGACAAUGAGUCUCGUUUAUGGGUCCAUAGGGGCACUACUAUUUUCUGUGUACUUGGUAUACGACACACAACUGAUGAUGGGAGGAAAACACAAGUAUUCGAUAUCACCCGAAGAAUACAUCUUUGCUGCCCUCAAUCUCUACCUCGACAUAGUCAACAUCUUCCUCUACAUAUUGACCAUCAUUGGCGCUUCUCGAGAUUAGGAGUGAUACAAGUUGCAGCGUGUCUAAAAUAUUCACGAAUUCGCUGUAACGUCAUUGAGUUAAAACGUGUACCAUACAGUUUUACAGAGUAUUCCUCGCUUCUUACGAUGUGCAAAUUACAGAAACGAUAAUUAAUCCACGGACCAUUGAAUUAUUAGUUUAUGAUUAAAGUGUUGAAAGCAGAAACGGGUUUUGUUUCCAGGGCGAAGGUAAAUUUCGUAUCUUUUAUAUUCCCUUAGCUAAUUGUAAAACACCCUAAAAAUAAGUCGUAAUUUUUCCAAUAUUUCAUCUUCAGAACUCUUAACUUGAACAAUAAGCGGUUCUACUCAUAAUACGCUUAUUUAAAAUAUUAAAUACUCGCAGCUCGAGUCUACAAAUGUAUUGUGUCUUAAAGUAUUUAAAUUCCACAUAGAGAACUUUAUAUGUAAUCCUACUAAAUUAUGUGGCACUGCAAUUUGGAAGUUAUUGAUGCCCAUUAGAAUUAGGCAGACUAAGAGAAAUACCACUAAUUUGAAAUUAUAUUAUUAUUUCAGGAAUCGUUCUUAUACUACGUUGCGCAUUUUUCUUUUAUUUAUGUCAUUUCUUGUUUAGGUUCAUUGAAAUUGUAUUCUCGUCUUUAUUUAAAUGAAAGAAAAAUGCGUAACGUUUGGAUCAAAAUUAUUUAACAAUAUUAAGCCUGAUGAAAAAAUGACCUCUGAAAGACAUAUAAUUAUCUAAGAUUUUUUUUUUUUUCUCUCUCAGUAGAAUUUUGCAAUAAGCAUGUGUCCAAAGAAAAUAGAUACUAGGAUAUUUUGUCCACCCAGUUAAUGGUCAACAAAGUGUAAAUCGGAGGACCGUCAGAACUAUUGCGUUGAUCGCAAAUUGUAUAGAAUGAAGAGCUGUCCAUCUUUGACAGAAGAAUCAGGUCUGAUUGCAUUUAGUGUGUAACUUUCUAGCAAGAAAGUGUGUAAAUGUACCGAGUAAAGAUGUAACCUUCGCUUAAUAAUUGAAAUUUUAAUAUUUUGAUUUUGCACGUUUAAUAAGGUGUAAUCGAAUUUUUCUACUCAAUAAUAACCAUUGAUUAAAAAUUAACUACUAUCAAACAACUUGUGUGGUAAUUCUGCUUUAGAAAAAUGUAUUUUCAUAUUGGGGAAGGUAAUAUCUAUUCCAUAAUUUGUUCAACUUUAAAAAAUAAAAUGUCCGUGUGAAUCUUCAUUCAAAUUGGAUUUGAAUUUGACAAGUCAAGGAAAGCUGAACAAAAACUGGUGAUUGUUUCCUUUUUUCAAUAAUUUCGACUUUAUAAUUUAAUCUAAAUAUAAUAUUUAUGUUUUUUUUUUAAUUCUAGCUAGGGUUCCUUUUCAUUAUAUUGCAAUUCUGUGCAGUUUAAAUGUUGUUUUUUUCGGAUUGUAGAAUGUAAAUAGUAUGACAUAAUAAAUUCUCUUUUAUUUGCCUA